AAAUACGUAGGCUUAUCGAUCGAUAACUCAUUCGAACUGAGGUAAUCGCCAUUAUUCGUUAUCGAUGAUAAACAUAUUUGAUCAAUUCUACUGACAAAAGUGUUGUGGCUGCUGAGUGAUACGGGUAUAUCCUACGAGUGUAUACAGAAUGCCGACCCGACCGCUGUCUCCUGAACUUCAAGAGAAGGCCAUCAAGGAGCUAAAUGAAGAUCCGAAAAGACUGGAAUCAGAUAUUCGCCACAUGAAGGAAUGGAUCUCGAAGCAAUCUCAUCUUAAAGCGAGGACAGAAGACCAAUGGAUCGUCUCUUUCUUGCGAGGCUGCAAGUUUAGUCUGGAAAAAGCGAAACAAAAGAUUGAUUUGUACUACACCCUGUUUAACAGUUCUCCUGAAUUUAACAGCGUGAGACAUAACAGCCCAAAGUUCAAUGAAAUAUUAGAUACUGGAUGCUUAUUAAUUCUACCGAAGCCAUCAGCGCCGGACGCUCCUAAGGUGGUAAUAAUUCGGCCCGGCGCCUUCGAUGCCAACAAAGUACACAUUAGCGAAUGUAUGGCAGUUCUCAAUAUAUUGCAAGAGAUUCACUUACUGGAUGACGACAACGCCUCAGUGGCCGGCGUGGUGGUCGUGCUGGACCUGGACGCGGUCACCAUCAACCACUUCUUCCAGAUGACUCCCAUGCAGAUGAAGAGGAUGGUGGUCGCCUCACAGGAUGCAUCGCCUCUUCGAUUAAGAGGGCAGCAUUAUUUGAAUACUCCUCCUGGUUUCGAGACCAUAUUCAAUGCGAUUAAUUCAUUACUGAGCGAUAAAAACAGAAGCCGGUCGUUUGUCCAUAAUAAAAACUACGAAGAGUUUUACAAACACAUACCCAAGAAUAUCCUGCCCGAGGAAUAUGGAGGAACAGCGGGAACUGUGGCAGACAAUAUCGAUUACUGGAAGAGCAAAGUGAAGGAGUACAAGACGGUGCUGGAGGAGUCCCUGCAGUGCGGCGCGGACGAGGCGCGGCGCCCGGAGAAGAGCAAGCCGGCGGCUGACGACUUUGGCGUCGAGGGGUCGUUUAGGAAACUUAAUGUUGAUUACACUUCACUUGGCCUGUGGAAUGGAAAAUAUAUUAUGGGCCGAACCGACAGUUUUUUUGCACUCAUUUCUUUCAUCAUGCCCGUCCGUCCAUUGACCCCGGAGCUGGCGGAGAAGGCUCGGCUGGAGCUGAACGAGGACCCGAAGCACCUGCAGGACGGCAUCGCCUACCUCCGGGACUGGAUCUCCAAGCAACCACAUCUUAGAGCCAGGACAGACGAGCAAUGGCUGGCGGCGUUCCUGCGCGGCUGCAAGUUCAGUCUGGAGCGGACCAAGGAGAAGAUCGACCUGUACUACUCCCUGAGGUCCACGGCUCCAGAGCUGAGCUGCGUCAAGUACUCAGACCCCCGGUGCAAGGUCAUCUUCCAGCAUGGAUUCCAGAUUAUGCUGCCUAAGGCCGCUUCUCCGACGUCACCCAAAGUGGCGAUCAUCAGGCCCGGAGCCUGCGACCCCGCCAAGUUCAAGAUCACUGAGGUCUUGUCCGUCUCCUACAUUAAACAACAGUUAUCCCUGCUGAACGAUGACCAGAUGGUGGUGUGCGGUGCCACGUCCAUCCUGGACCUGGAGGGCUGCACCAUGGGGCACUUCGCACAGAUGACGCCCUCGCUCAUGAAGAAGAUGGUCGUCUCUGGACAGGACGCGACUCCGAUCCGUAUGAAGGGAGUGCACUACCUCAACACGCCUCCAGGAUUCGAAACCAUCUUCAACUUCAUGAAGACACUGCUCAAUGAGAAAAAUAGAACCCGGUUGCACGUCCACAACAAGAACUACGAAGCUCUGUACAAGCACGUGCCGAAGGAGAUAUUGCCGGUCGAGUACGGAGGCAGCGGCGGCACUGUGCAGGAAAUUAAAGAUCACUGGUGGAAGGAGAUCGAGGCCCACAAAGACUGGCUGGAGGAGGACCUGCAGUUCGGCACGGACGAGGCGCGCCGCCCCGGCAAGCCGCGGACCGCCGAGGAGAUGUUCGGCAUAGACGGCUCCUUCAGACAACUGGAGUUCGAUUGAGUGUUGGGCGGAAUAAAGAGUGUUGUGGUUGAAGAUGGA